CUGGCAACACUUAUCACGUCUUUUGUGCAAGGAUAGUGCAUGUUACGAUUUUGGGGGCUAUAAAAUUCAAUUGGAAUUAAGAUUCUAUUUAGAAUUAACCCAAAAGUGUAAUUAAUUUAUAACAGUAGUACUAAUUAUAACAUGCUUAUGGAUUUAACUGAUGAACUGGAACAAAGUGACAGCGGAAUGGAAUCUUUGACUGCGAGCAAAGAUGAUACUCCAGAGCGUAGACCCGAUGAAUUUUUCAUAACCCCCUCUUUAGGAUCGUCGCCCAGCGCGGGGACUCCUACUAGUGGGCCACCUACUGGAGGACCUUUAGGAGGACCUCUAGGGGGACCCAUUGGAGGAAAUACUGGGGGCUCUACUGGAGGCUCUCCUGGAGGUCAUACCGGAGGAUACACUGGAGGACAAGCCGGUGGACACACUGGAGGACAAGCCGGUGGACACACUGGAGGGCAUACCGGAGGACAUACCGGAGGAACUACUGGAGGUCACACCGGAGGAUCUACCGUAGGCACUAUUGGAGGACCUACCGGCGGCAGUUUUGGAGGACCUACCGGAGGUCCUUUGGCUGGGCCAUUGAAGGAAUAUGAUGAUGAACCUGACGAAACCUUAUCAGAGAGGUUAUGGGGCUUGACUGAGAUGUUCCCGGAAUGUGUUCGAAGCUGCACUUACACAUUUACUACAAACACACUGUCUGGAGUUAAAACUCUAUAUGGACUAUCUCGCUCAGUGAUGUGGGUGAUUGCUAGUUCAUCAGUUAUUCUGUUUGCUCCAGUUAUAUUUGAAGUUGAGAGAGCUCAAAUGGCUGAAUUGGAAAAGUCACAACAGAAACAGGUCCUGUUAGGCACUAACACAGCCCUGUCAGGUCCAAUGCCGAACAUGCCGCCCAUGCCGCGAUAAACUAGUUAUUCAACCUGAACAGCACAUUCAUUGUAACCUGUUUGACAUCUUCAUUGUAAUAAUAUAUAAAGGAAAUAUUCAAAUAUCACCCUGAAUGCUUUAAUGUUAGUGUAUUAGUUAAAAGAAAUAGGUACCUUUUUGAAACAUUAUUUGACCUAUUUUGUUUUGGGUAUCACUGAAGUCUUAUGUACAGUAGUACUUACAUUUAUAUACCCAAUUGCAUUUACUCAUAAUCAUAAUGAAUGUUAACAAAAUAAUCAAAUUACUGUUUAUAUUGAACUGUAUAUUACAGAUAAGUUGCAUUUUCUCAUACUGUCUAUUAUGUUUUUCUGUUCCUAAAGGUUGCAGGUAUGUUAGGCACUGGGUCUAAUUUUGUAAUUAUUCAUUGAUUAGUGAGAUAGUCAUUUUAUUUGUGAAAAACAUUUUAUAGGUGAUGCUUUGUUAUUAGAAUAAAUGUACUGUUGAAAA